GUCGAUUGCUAAAACAUAAUCGUAGAUAAACGUGAAACAAUAGACUGUGCUCGCGUUGUGUCAAACAUCCAGUCUUUUCUUCUAAGUUUGUGCAAAGUAUAGCAGAAUAGAAUGCCAGAAAAAUGUUGUUGCGGAUGCUGUUACUUGAGUACAGGAGCACAAAUUGCGCUUGCUAUUUGUGCGAUCCAAGCCUGUAUUGGACUCGUAUGGCAUUGUGAUUUGCUCAAUCUUCUCAAUAAAUAUGAUACAUUUAGCCCUCUUGAUCUACUUAUUAAUGUAGAUGCAAUUGAAGAUUUUGAUGUUGUUCAUGGCUUGGUGCUGGCUGCGAUUGGGCUGAACUGUUUUUGGGUGAUAUUUGCAAUUGUUGCUGCCAGAGGUAACGUUACAUUGAAGCAUGGACGCAUGGCGUUUUGGGACAUGUUGACUUACUUGAUCACUUUUUUUGAUUUGGGAGCCUCCAUCUAUUUUUCAGUCAAACUGGCGCCGGCUUUUGUUGAGACAUCAUCAUUUUAUACUGAAAGCAUGAAACCAACUAAAACUUUAACUUAUCUAGUUCUUCUAAUUGCUUUCUCAAGAGGAGGUGUUUUGAUUCUCUUCAACGUAUAUAUGGCUCAUAUUGUUCACAAAAGAGGAAAGGAAAUCGAUCGUGAUCAUUCUGUAUUGGCCAUGUACAUUAUUUCCCAUUUAGCUCGAUGCAGAUCCGCAAAUGAGGAAAUUCUUCAAAUGCCUCCACCACCACCUCCUUAUGCUAGCAGUGCUCCUUAUUAUGCGCCUUUACCUCCUUCUAGACCAGACGCUAGAAGUGAUAGUGAAGGGUCUCAAUGGUCUCUCAGUUAUGAUGCUAUCCAAGGUAUGAGCCACGAACCUCCCAAGUACGUACCUCCUCAAGGGAGGGGGAAGUAUUCUAGCGCACUGGAAUUGGCUAGAUCUUUGAGUAGAGAUCCUACCAGAAGCUGCGAGCCUGUUACUGUGGAUACAGCCACUUCUCCAAUUCUGCCUUAUUAAUUAUAAAGGAUUUUUUUUUUUGUUUAUCUUAAAUGUGCAGAUUACCCCCCACCCACACACACCUUAAGUUUUAAGAAAGAAUUUAUUUCAGUGUAACUGCGAAAAUAAAAGCAAACCGGUGGCAGUUUAUUAUUGAUAUUAUUCUAAGCCAUUGUUUACAAUAUUGUAAGCUAUGUUAGACACCAAGAAAAAUAUUUUAUUUAUGUUCAAAAAUGAAAUAUUUAUUUUACCCGACUUGAAAAAAAAUGUUUAUUUUAUGUUCAUAUAUUGUACAUGCAUUGUAUUGUAUAUUGUAUUGUACAUCUAUUUUGGAACAGAUAUUACAUUUUUAAAAGUUA